AUGCCAGUGUAUAUCCGGAAGCAUCCCCUGGAGAUUCCUCCACCAUCUGAAAAAGACUGGUUAAAGGAUGAUGAGGAAGACUUCUUCCAGCAGGAUCCUGAUAAAAUGCUUGAAGUGUUGCCUCAGCCUUUUAGGAUGAUCAACAAAUUGGUGAUGCUGAUUUUUGAGAAUGCUAUGGAAAUCAUUGAAAGAAGAGAGAUGCUCCAAGAAGCACAAAAAUUAGAAGUCCAGGCCACAAAAUGUUUUCCCACAGCUGAAUUGCAGGUGACAGGAAGAGCCAACUGCCUUGCUGUCUCUGGAAAAUACAUCUUUGUUGGGCUGUCCAUGGGUCUGGCUGUCUUCCAGGUAUCUGACUGUAAGCAGGUCUCUGCUUGGGAUGCAGUCAAGACAGAGGUUUGUGCCGUCUGUGCCUCGGACUUAGGGAAUGAACACCAUGUCCUGCUUGCUGUGGAUGAAAUGGGGCUUGUCUGGCUCUUCUGCUUUCACAAGGACAGCUUCCUAUUCAUUAAAAACUUAAAUGAAGUGGAGGAUAUCAGCAAGCGGAGUACUUGUGUGGAGGUAGUGCUUUCCCAAGGAGGCGAUUAUGCAGGAGUCCUGCUGCAAGGCAACACAGAAGCUUGGCUGGAGAUCUACCGAUUGCCUAAGGAUUUCUGGCUGAAGGAGAGAGAAAAUAGCCCAGGAGCUGCAGCAGGGUUGGCUGUCAGGGAGAGGAAGUCAAGCCAGGCAUCUAUGGAGUCUCCUGUGUCUGCAAACAAAGCUGAUGCCAAGCUGAGUCCACCAGUGUUGUUGCUGAAAGUCAAGCCACCGAAACCUAUUACAGGAACUAUUUAUACAAGUCCUUUGGAUGCCUUGAUGAAAGUGGAUGAUGGCAGUGUAUUUGGUUUGGGGCACAAUCACCUGAUCAAGAAUUCCCAGUGGGAGCAGCAGGAGGCAAUCUUCCACAGCACUUAUCAGGAGUAUCUGGAGGCUGAGGGUGAGAGCAAGAAUGAGAUCCCCAGACAUGCUACCUUUCAUUUUCUCCUGCCUAGCCGGAUCCUACAGGUGGGACCUGAAAUAAAACUACAGCCAGCUGUUCCAGCUGGCAUCAGUGUGCACUGGGAUGGAAGUCACAAUCUCUGCUUGUAUUCGCUUAACCGUCCACUCAAGGAGAAAGUGGAUGCUGAUCCGAAGCCUGAUGUUGUGUGGCCAUGUGCAGCGCCAAUUGUGUGCUCAGCUGUCAGUUCCUGCUGCAGGUACCUGGCACUGGCAUGUGAAGAUGCAACAAUAACUAUUUGGGAUAAACACCUAGGAUACCCACUGACUGUGACUGCCCUUUUAGAGGAACAUGUCAUCCGUAGUAUGCACUUCCUGCGGAGUGCUGCAGCUACCGGUGACCAGACACCUUACACUGGUAGAGAUUCUGCCUAUCCCAUUGUGCAGCUUCUAGUGCUGUGUACAGAUGGAUCUCUCUACUUGGUGAGAGCACCCAGGGCCAGGAAGUCCAGCAUCAUGCUCCUGGUAGACAGGCCUGAGGAUCCAAAAUUUACCAUUAGCACAGUGGCACCUGUCCUGGCCUUCCCUAACACAGCGCUGGUCUUCUCCUGGGAUGGCACAGUGUUCCUGAUGGACACUGCCACAUCGCACAUUAUUUGCUACUUCAGCACCCCACUCUCUCAUGCUGUAGCAUCCCCCUGGCAACCAGUGUUCACUAUGGAUACUGCAGAUCAGUGCCUGAUCCUUCGAGGAGAUAAGCAGCAGCCGGCGGAUGUGUUGGCACAGAGCAGAGCAAGUCACAGCUCCAUCUUCUUUUUUGACUUCAACUCUUACCUGCUGAAGGAGUCUCUCCCAAAGGAACCGGAUUUGCCUCUGAAACCAUUACAGGACCUGCCAUGGAUUGAGAGAUGUAAUAUUUUCUUUCAUGAUUGGCAGCAGAGCCUGCUGGGAGUUGGGGAGCAGAUGCCUGAGUGCUGGAGCCGGCUUCAGGCACACGCAGCUGCCAUGGACAAAGAGAGAGAGAGAGAAAGAGAGGGGACAGUAGAAGCUGUAGUCAGCCUUAAAUCCUGA